GCGGUGCUCCUGUCGAUGCCCAAGGGGCGUUACCAGCAUCUGAAGCGACUGCAGCCCCUGCUGGCCAAUCAGAGCGAGGACUGUCUGACGCUCAACAUCUACGUCCCCGGAAGCGGAAGCCGCGGCCUGGAGGCACCGUACUCGAUCUUCUUUUACGUCCACGGCGAAGCGUACGACUGGGGCUCGGGAAACUCGUACGACGGCUCGGUUCUGGCCAGCAGCGGUCACGUCAUCGUAGUUACAGUCAAUUUUCGUUUAGGAAUACUCGGUUUUCUCAAAACUCGUGCCUCACUGUCACCGGGUUCCGGCGGUAAUCUAGGAUUAAUGGACAUCAUUCUGGCGCUGCGCUGGGUCCGGGACAACAUCGGUUCGUUCGGGGGCGACCCGAAGCGCAUCACCAUCGUCGGCCACGACACCGGGGCCGCCCUCGCCAACCUCGUGCUCAUCGCCAAGUCCGGAAAGGGUUUGGUUCAAAGGGCGAUUCUGUUGAGCGGAUCAGCCCUCAGUCCGUGGGCACUCAUCCCCGAUCCGGACGCGGUUCGGCUCGAGGUCUCGCAGCAAAUGGCGUGCCAUCUGGUUCCGGGUCGGAACGGACGUAAGCCAUCGACGGACGACAUCACCGAGUGUCUGCGCGAUAAGCCGAUCGAGGCGCUGAUGGGCGUCCGGCUGACCAGCGUCCGCUUCAUGCCCUCCUGGGGCCCGUUCCUUCCGCUCGAGGAUUCGCUCGAUCCGGAGUUCGCGAUGGAGCACUCCGGCGAGGGGUUCAUCACCAGCGAGCUGAUGUUGGGUGCGACCACCACCGAAAGCUACAACGAUUUCAGCGCCUCCGACAUUCAGUACGGACUCGAGGAGGACCAGCGCAACCGGCUGCUGCGGACGUACAUUCGCAACGCGUACACGUUCCACCUGAACGAGAUUUUUUCGGCCGUCCGUAACGAGUACACCGACUGGGACAAACCAAUCCAACAUCCAAUCAAUAUCAGAGAUUCAACGAUGGAAGCCUUGAGCGACGGACACACGGUCGCGCCGAUCGUGAAGGUUGCCUAUCUGCACGCGAGGCGCGGUGCUAAGACGUACAUGUUUCACUUUGCCUACCAGAGCAAGGAAAGCGAAUAUCCACAGCGCCUCGGAAGCGUCCGGGGAGAGGACCUGCCGUACAUCUUCGGGCUGCCGCUCGUGCAGGGUGGACCGGUUUUCCCGCAGAACUACUCGCGACAGGAUAUGGGCGUCAACGAGGCCGUGCUCAACUUUGUGACCAACUUCUGCAAGACGGGCGACCCGAACGAGGCCGGCCACCAGCAGCAGGGGGGCCAGGUGCAGUCGCCCCCGCCCGUCCACCCGGACUACGGUACCGCCAAGGAGCGGACCCGCUUCCGCCAGAUCACGUGGGAAACGUACGAAACGACCACGCAGCAGUAUCUCAGCAUCUCAACGAAGCCGAAAAUGCGAACCCACUACCGGGGACACAAGAUGGCGCUCUGGUUGAACCUAAUCCCGCAGCUGCACCGACCGGGCGAUCCGGAAGUGUCCAUGCGCCAUCACCACUUUCGCGAACGCGAACCACACUACUAUGCGGGUUCCGUUCGGGCAGAAUCCUUCAGCAGACCGAAGUCCCUCUACCAGAACGGGCUGAUCAACGACGCGCAGGAGUCGCGCCAGGAGUCGUUCGGCACGGAGUGUACGCCCGACCCGACGAUGGGCGAGGUGCUGCAGGAGGCUGGCGGGGGACCGGGGGACACCCCGGGUAACGUACUGACCGAGGAGGAGGAAGAGGAGCUGCUGGAAAAGCUCGCCAAUCGUCACUACUACAGCUAUACGGCGGCCCUCGGGGUGACGGUCGGCGUCGGGUGUCUGUUGCUGCUGCUCAACAUGUUGAUCUUCGCCGGAAUCUACUAUCAGCGCGACCGCACGAAACGGAAAUCGCAGGCCUCGCAGUCGUCGACGUCGGGGACGCUGACGGCGGGGAUCGGGGGCAGCGGGGCGACGAGCGGGACGUCCACUUCCCUGUCCGGCAGCAACGGAACUCCGGACGAGUCGGAGAUUCCGCUCACCACCCUCCCGAGCCCGUCGCCGGUCAAGGCGAAGCGUUCGAUCGAACCACCGCCAAGCUACGCGACACUUCCGAAGCGAAGCGGCGGCACGAACCAAACCGGCGUCCACAAUCAGCACCAUCAGCACCAACACCAUCUGCACCAGCAAGUGCCGACGUGCACGGGGGGCCACGGGACGGGGUGCAAGGAAACGAACCUCGGUUCCCCGUCGACGACGACGACGGCGAGCCGUUCCGGAGCGAGCACAUUGGGCCGCUCGUCCACCGGAAGCUUCUGCGAUUCGUCUUCGCGCGGCCGGCAACAGCCGUUUUCCCAACAACAGAGACAGAAUGAUUUCUCACCACCGUUUUUGUGUAUUCUUCUCACUCAACAGGCCACUUCACCUCACGGCAAUGUCGGCUAUACGGCUGUGACAAUAACGCCGGCGGCGAUCGAUGGCCACCAUCUGACACUUCCCCGUGCCAGCAAGGCUCCCCUUCCACCGAUCCGCACGACCACCUCCUCGCUCGGUACGUCCACCGGUUCGCCGGCGCCCCUGACGUCCAUCCUUGUAAAUAGCACCAGCAACCAUCAGCACCACCACCACCACCACAGCUACCAAGGCCCGGGGCAGGACAAGGUGAUCACGGUGGAUCUGGUGAACUCAACCACCGGCACCGGAAGUCCCGCAUCCAGCGGCGGCCAUCAGCAUCACCAUCACCUGCACCAUCACGCGCACCAUCACACCACGAACCCGUCCGGCGUGGGGACGUCCGGGUCAGCGGCGGGGGCGACGGUGGCGGCAGGUGUGGCGUCGGCGACAACGGCUGGCAACACUGCCACGCUGAAAAAGCGCGUCCAAAUCCAGGAGGUGACCGUAUAG